UCACUCACUCACUCCCUCCCUCAACCACUCACUCACUGCCGCUUUUCUUUCUGUCUUUAGCUGAGACUCGAACCGUCCACGAUGGAUCUGCACGUCUUCAACUGUCUUCUUUUCCUCUUCUCUUAUGUCGGCAUCUGCCACGGGCAGAGCGUUCUGCCGCCCGGGCCGGUGGACGCCAUUCUAGGGAAAAAUGUGACCCUGAAAGUUUUGAAAAAGACUGAAGCCACAGAUGACAUCGUUUGGAAUUAUAGUGACGGAACAAACUUGAACAUCGUGGCUAGAUUAAAAGCAGGAAAGGUGUUGGUGGCAGACCUUUACAAGGGCAGAGCCAGCCUUAAUGCCACCAACGGCUUCUUGACUCUGACCGGACUGACGGUGAAGGACAGUGGAGAUUACAGCAUCAGCAUCCUGGGAGAUGAACAGGCCGCUGCUGGGGAGGUCAAACUGCGAGUUUUGCAGCCGGUGUCAGGAGUCAUUAUUACUGCUAAUGUGACUGAAGCAAUGGAAGGAAGCACUGUGUCUCUGAACUGCUCUGCUCAAGGCUCCUUCCUGGAGUUCGUCUGGACCAACGGCUCCAGUCCCAUCGUGGUGGAUGGUGUUCGCAUCACACAAACAACUGGAGAGUUCUUCAAUAGGCUAAUUAUCAAAGAUGUAUACAGAUCAGAUUCCUCCAAUCCUAUCUUCUGCACAGCAAGAAAUGGGCUUCAGAGUGAGAAGAGCCGUCCUGUAACUCUCACUGUUUUCUACGGACCGGACGUGGUCAUCAUAAACCCAGCCAAACCUCCAGAAUUCAUCAAGUCCAAAGAGGAUUUCAACCUGACCUGCUCAGCCGCCUCCAAGCCGGACGCCGUCUUGUCCUGGUACUACAACAACCAGCAGAUCAAGAACAGCGGCCCUGUCCUUACUCUGAAGACCAUCGAAGAGCAGGGCCUUGGAAAGACCGCUGGUGACUACAAAUGCAAUGCUGUGAACUCCAAGACCACCAAUGCCAGGAACUCUUCUGCUGUUAGGUUCUCUGUAAUUGAACCCCUUUCAGGUGCACAAAUGACUGGUCCAAAACCCCCCCUGUUUGCUGGCAACUCCACAGCUAACCUAAGUUGCCAGGUAUCUGCAGGCAAAGUGACGGAAACCGUCUGGCUGAGAAAUAACGAACCUCUUUCUGCGAGUCCCAGAGUGGUGUUCUCCAGUGACAUGAGCUCAGUGGCUAUCAACCCAGUCCAGAAAGACGACAAUGGAAAUUUCGUGUGCAAGCUCAAGAAUCCUGUUAGUGAGGAGAAAGCAGAAUACAAGCUGGAGGUCUUCUAUGGUCCUGAAGAAGCUGCAAUUAAGGGAGUGAAGGAAGUGGAUCUAGAAGGCACGGUGCUUCUUAAUUGUUCGGCCUCAUCCGUCCCACUGUCCGAAUUCACCUGGAAGCUUAACGGAACAGCUGUUUCUGAGAAAUCAAAUGUGCUCACCAUCAACAAGCCCAAGUUUGAAGAUUCAGGGACUUACACAUGUGAAGCGCGUAAUCCCGUGACUGGCAAGACCGUCACCUUUACACAUGUUCUCAGUGUCAAAGCGGAGAUAAUUGAUGGUCUCUCGGAUGGAGCUAUCGCAGGAAUUGUCAUCGCCUGCCUUUUAGCAGUUGGAAUCGCCAUUGGCCUAUUUUUUUACUGCCGAGCAAAAGUGCCCAAGGAGUACGGUUUAGGAAAGCCGGCAGCAAGCGAGCCGUGAGUAUGGUUGAGUCACCGUACUGAUAUCCUCACAAACUGCUGGCCAAAACAUCCCACUGACUCGUUUCUUCAUGAUCCACUCAUGCUGGAAGGAGAGCACAGGUGGAUCCUGUUGGGUUCUCCAAAAGUCUUCAACCGAUCAACCAACCCAACAUCCCCAACGCUUUUUGAUAAAACCAUAGAUUCUCGCAAGAUUUGGAUUUUAAAAUUCUAAUUUGGACUUAAUUUAUUUGUUUGAACACCCCUCCCAGCUGAAUGAUCCCCUUCUGUCCGUAUCCGGCUUCAUUUGUUGCUGACAAACAUUGUUGGUUUUUUUAGCUAAAAUGAAAAUGUUUUCUGGAGAAAAGCUGAUAGACUUUUUAUCUACGCGGUGGAAAUCCGAGAACAUCCAAACAUCUAUGCACACGGGUGACCGCACGAGCACAGCCACCCACGUGGACCUUCAGUAGUCUGAGUCAAAAUGAUACGUACCAAAGAAAAGCCUCUGUGGUCGGAUUACUCUCACUGCCUGUGCCAGGUGGGUGGAGCUUCUGUGAUAGAAAACACUUGAAAUACAGCGGAGGGUUUUGUUGUUUUUUGGCAGAACUUUUCAUUCUGAACAUCUAUGUUUGUCCUGUGAUUACUGCUGGAACUGGGUUUAAGAACCAGUUCGUGCUAAAAUGACUACAUUUUUUACAUUUUUCCUACUUGUUCUUUUUAUCUUUUCUUUUUUCUCAUUACUGACUACAUAUUUUUUUUUAAUUAUUCCCAAUAGUCAUUUUUCUGAAGUUGAACCCAACAAGAGGGACAGGGAGCUGUUGAUAAGCUACCUUGCCCAAGUAACUUUAAAUUCAUGUGUAUAUUUAAAAAAAAAAAUGAAAUUGCGUCAAAGUUUGACCUAAGGACACAAACUUUAAAUGAUUAAAAUGUGAGCAAACUGUAACGUUUAAGAACUGAGUAAGUUACAUACAAUUUUAUUUAAUGUGAACAGGAUUUUGAAAAUAGAGCAAAUAAAUGAAACAUGGGUCAAACAAAACCCGUUUUUGUCCAUUGAAGUGUUCACUCUAACUUCUCAACUAUUAAAGCAUUUAAGCAGAAUUGUAGGCUGAAUGUUGUUACUCAAUGUUUUAAACUAAAAAUGCUUUUGUCAUCCACAUAUACACUUAUUUAGCUUUGCUUUUCCAGCAAACACAGACGGACACUCUGAUGAGCUCAAACACUCUGUAACCCUUGUGCUAUCCUAGGCACUUUACCAUUGGGAGUGGGGUCAUCUAGACCCACUUCAAUGAUUUGUGAUCUUCACUGGCGUCCAUGGAUUACAUGACAUUUUUCGACCUUUGUCAUGGUAGGGAGAACACGUCAAUGUAAGGGGGGGGUCAUAGGAUAGCACAAGGGUUAUUUGCUUUGACGUUAAUUCAAACUCACUGAGUUUCCUAUGAUUUUUUUCCCUAUGACUUAUGACUAUGAAAUGAUUUUAAUCAUACCAGUCCUCUAAAUUUAAGGUUGCGUUUCUUUCAUAUGUGCAGGUUGCAAAGUGCUUCUUUUCAAAGGGAACUAACAUCAAACAAAUAUAAUCAAAUAUUUACAGCCUGAAGUUUGAAAUAAUCAAGUCCUGGCGUCUUUAAAUAUAUCCAACACAGACUGCAAACUAGUUAUUAUAUAAUUGGAAGCAUUUAUGAAGCUGGUUUACUGCAUGCACUAACAGUAUACAAUCAAAUUUUAGGAGAAAAACCAAAAAAACGCACAGUCUGCAAAAUCUCUGUCUUUCCGGAGCCUCCUUACUGGUGUCCUCGUCUUGUUGUCAUAGCGAUCAUGAGAGGAGUGACAAGAAGAGUAGCUAAAGCUGGUGAAAACAAGCCCCAGCAUGCAGCACAACUGCAGGGGUUUUAAGAGAAGAUGAAAUGAGCGGGAAGAUGUUUCUUGGCAACCACAUAUUUUGAGGUUUGCAGGGGUAAAUAUUGAUGAGCUUAUGGUGGCGCUUCUUUUUUCUCUUUUUAGAGACUUUUCUGUUGUUUUUUUUUAAUCAAACUCAUCAUUUUGGAGGUUAACUACACACCUUGUCACUGUUUAAAAUGCACAUUUUCCUGUUUGAGGUUCUGGCUGAUAACUAGCUCACUCAUCUGAUUUUAGGUGCUUUGCCAUCAGACCUUUGACUCUUUCACUUGUGCUGUGUACAGGUUCAUGGUUUGUCUUUGUAUAGAAGGUGGUCAUGUGAUCUGAGACUUUAACAUGCACUGAUCUCCAGUAAGAAAAGUAUUUAUUUUGUUUUUGCUGAAAAAUCCGCUGGAGCUGAAGAUAAUCGCUCUUUCAGGAAUGUUGCUUUCAAGAGUCCAUCCAAUGGUGUUGUGGGUAGUUUCAGAGCUUUAACUGGAUCCAGACAAGAAAAAACAAACCUCCUACAUAAGUAGUUUGGAAAACUACAUAGCAGAAAAUGUAUUAUAGAUGAGGAAUAAAUAUGUUUUGUUGUGCUAAACAAGACAUGGUUUGGUGUGUUAAGACAGAGUAACAGGGCCUUAAAUAAAACCGCCCUGAUUGUAAAUAUUGAAGCUGAUGUACUGCAAUGCAAAGAAAAUUUGUGAACUUUUCUUUGAUUAUUUUUGGGGUCUUCUUUUUUUUAUUCAUGAGUUUGUUCAUGUUUACAUAAACUGUUUGUGCCUUUAUAAAAUCUCUGUUCAAAGCCUGAAAGUAAAUGUAAAAUGAAAUGUUUAUCAGGUCAAAAUGUUCUCUUUUGAUGUUAAAGCUAUAAAACAUGGAACUAUUUUGAUAAUGUUUCUGUGUUUGUUGCUUUUUUAUUUGUAUUGGUCCACCCACAGAAAUGUAUUGGGAUUUUUUCUAGCCAAUGGCAGGCUUCUGUCUGUUCACACAUGACACACCUGUGUCUAACACCUUUCUGCACUCACUCACACAACAGUCGAAGCUGUUAAAUAAAAUUAGGUCAGUUGAUAUUAAUAAUAAAACUGUUAGAAAAGGG